CUUUAAAGUAAUGCAGGAAAAACCUGAAUUCUUUAUAAACAAUGUCGCGAUGAUUUGACCUCCGUUGAAUAUUUCAAACAGAGAUAUUCCGUUUAUUAAUGUUAUUACAAACCCUGUGGCCGUAUACUACUCGAACUUUAUAAUAAGUAACACCAGUAUCUCGAACAGUCGGAUACGGAAGUUGUGACCUCGCACGACACUCCCUAGCAUUGCGCUAAUACAACUAGAGGAGGAAUUCCAGCUCGCUGCCUGUACCAAAGGCUAGCGUAUUUCGUUGUUAUUGAUUGCACUUGCACUCCCGGAUAAUGGGGAUAAGAGCAGCCGUGCUGUGAGGGGGUGCGAUGGAGAAGUCGGGCCGGGUGUGGGGCGUGGCGGGGCGCUGCCUCCUGGCCGCGGGGUCCUGGUCGUGGGGCGUCUGCCGCGUGUGCCUGAUGGCGCUCAUCCUGACCUUCCACCUGCAGGGCGGGGUCCUGCUGCUGGGGCUCAUCCUGGUGUCGGUCGCCGGGAUACUCUACAAGUUCCAGGACGUCCUGCUCUACUUCCCCGAGCAGCCGCCCUCGUCCCGGCUGUACGUGCCCAUGCCCACGGGCAUCCCGCACGAGAACGUCUUCAUCCGCGCCAAGGACGGCGUGCGCCUCAACCUGCUGCUGCUGCGGCACGCCGGCGAGGGCCCCGCCCCCGGCUCCGGCCCCACCAUCAUCUAUUUCCACGGCAACGCGGGGAACAUCGGGCACCGCGUGCCCAACGCGCUGCUCAUGCUGGUGAACCUGAAGGCCAACGUGGCGCUGCUGGACUACCGCGGCUACGGCAAGAGCGAGGGCGAGCCGGGCGAGGAGGGGCUGCAGCUGGACGCCCAGGCGGCGCUGGACUUCGUCUGCGCCCGGCCCGACCUGGACCGGGGCCGCGUGGUGCUGUUCGGCCGCUCGCUGGGCGGCGCCGUGGCGGUGCGCCUGGCCGCCGAGAACCCGCACCGCGUGGCGGCCGUGGUGCUGGAGAACACCUUCCUCAGCAUCCCGCACAUGGCCGCCACGCUCUUCUCCUUCCUGCCCGUGCGCUACCUGCCGCUCUGGUGCUACAAGAACAAGUUCCUGUCGUACCGCCGCGUGGCGCAGUGCCGCAUGCCCACGCUCUUCGUCUCGGGCCUGUCGGACCAGCUCAUCCCGCCCGUCAUGAUGAAGCAGCUCUACGAGCUGUCGCCGUCGCGGACUAAGCGCAUGGCCGUCUUCCCCGACGGCACGCACAACGACACCUGGCAGUGCCAGGGCUACUUCCCCGCCCUCGAGCAGUUCGUCAAGAACCUGAGCAAGAGCCACGCCCACGAGGAGCCCGCCCAGGGCGGGGCCAGCGUCACCAUCAUUUAAGCGUGCAAAUCCGCAUCCUGGCCAGCAGGUGGCGGCAAAUUAACCGAAUGUACAAAUUGUUUUCUCUCCGUUUGAUUUUGUAUAGUUUUAUAUGUGUAAUGUCAUCAAUAAAAAAUAAAUGCUAGGGAGGUGGAGAAGGUAGAGCUGCUCUUACCAGUCACUUUAUCUCUAAGCGCUAUGAGUGCAUGGUUUUCUGCUUCAGUUAUUCUUCAGUUAUUAUUAUUAUUAUUAUGUUCUGCUUCACGUGGCCGGUUGGCAUCUCAAAGCUCUUUUUAAGACUUUGCCAUGUAAGCUGUACCGCGCUUCAUCUGAAAGUCUGGCGGUACGGCGGUGUCACUUUAAAGCGAUGUCAUCAUGCGCUGGGGACAGGGACUAGUGAGAGAAAACAGGAGCCAGCUUAUUCCACUGCUCCAGCCUGGCGGACGAUAGCAGUCCUGUCCUGUCCGACGGUCUGUGUGCCGCAGGGACUGAUCUGGCCCCGUUCUGCAGAGCCGGCGGUGAUGGACGUGUCCUGUGCGUUAAAUCUGCAGACACUGACAGCCCCACACAGCCUCUGCUGAAAAUUAGACUCUUCUGUAGAGAGAACUCACAAACUGGGCGAACAGAGAACACCGCUGUGUUUAGUACACUAUUAAUAAGGUUAGUGACUAAAAUUCUGACUUACGUUAAUGAGUAAAACGCCCUAGCAUCGCUUUGUAAUGCUGUAAUUUGUGGGCAUUUAGAAAUGUUAAUUCUUCUUUUUUUUCCUGUUUUAUUUCUUUUUUUAAGCGGCAUUGCCUUGUGUGCUUUUUGAGAGAGCCUGACCGUGCUGAAAUGACGUUUGAGGCCGAGCUAAUUUAAUGCCUGCAUGGCUUCCAGGGAACACGACCAUCAUGUGAACGCAGUAGAUUAAUACUGUUUCCUGCAGGCGGUAUUUUGGUUGGGUAAUUUUCGAUAGCACGGCCUUCCUCAUCAAGCCGAAGUUCAGUUAGUGAUACAACAGUUUAAAGAGAUCUUCAGUCCCCAGCUCAGAGGUCUGCAGAUGCAACCUGCCAGUCACAGACCCUGCACUCUCAUUGGCCUCCGGUACACACAGACUCAGAACGAACACGAUGGCUGAGCAGCUAGCCAAUCAGCUGAUCUCAGGGUGAAGAGUGUGUGGCUGUGUGUACUCGAUUGUCUCUCUGUGUGUGUAGGCUACAGUUGGCUUCGGUUGGAUAAACUGGACUGUGUUAAGGUUACAUCACCGCCUUCUGUACAAAAGGAAAAAAAAAAAGACUACUGGUUAAAUGGGCAUUAUUAUUCAAUACACAUAGCAUAGUAAGGUACCUGCUAGGAAGGUGUGCCAUUAAAUGCAGUCCAUUGAAAAUAGCCACUGAAAAUGUGCAAUAGUAUAAAAUAUAUUUCCCUGUACCUGGAGAGCGAAUGGCCAGGAUUCCUUCACCAUUUGUGCUUAACUUUAUCUCAGAGCUCUGUGCAAAUGUAACGGUUUUUUUAAUUAAUUUUUUUAUUUGUGUCCUCCCAGACAGUUUGACAAGUUCAGCCGUCAAAUGCAAUUAAUGUAAUAUUUUGCCUUCGCACUGGGGGGAGGGGGGACGGGAACGUGGUACAUUUAUCCGUCAUUUAAUAUAAUAGACGAAUGUUGAUUGAAUCCAGAGUCUUUGUCCUCCAUAUUUGAUCACUUGUAAAAAUCCAUUAUUAAUAUUGUGUAUGUUGGGGGAUGGUGUGGUGGGGGGGGGGUGUUGGUGGUGUUGACAAAUCCAUUCAUCUCCAUAAUUGUUGUGUGGUAUUUAUGGUAAGGUCUAACGUGUGGGUUUUACACACUGGACAUAUAUGCUAUAUGAUGGAAACGUGUAUUGAUUUUGAAGGCCUAAUGUAUAGGUUAAUGCAUUGCCGACUGGUUCGGUAUCACCUAUAUGUAUUGAAGCCAGUGCAAAUAGCAUUGGCUCUAAUGGGAUCUUAACUGGGGCUUAAAUAGCCAUAUGAGGACAUGGUUUUGUGAUAGUUAUUUGUAAGCUUAGCGAGGGAACAGGAUACAAGUCUGUCAGUAUCUGUAGGCUUAGAGAGGGGACAGAUUGCAAGUCUGUCAGUAUAUGUAGGCUUAAAUAGAGAACAGGAUACAAGUCUGGCAGUAUCUAUAAGCUUAGAGAGGAACAAAAUGCAAACCUGGCAGUAUCUGUAGUCUUAAAUAGGGAACAGGAUACAGGUCUGGCAGUAUCCGUAGGCUUAAAUAGAGAACAGGAUACAAGUCUGGCAGUAUCUAUAAGCUUAGAGAGGAACAAAAUGCAAGUUUAGCCGUAUGUAAUCUUAAAUAGGGAACAGGAUACAAGUUUGGCAGUAUGUAGGCUUACAUAGUGAACAGGAUACAAGUCUGUCAGUAUCUGUAGGCUUAAAUAGAGAACAGGAUACAAGUCUGGCAGUAUCUAUAAGCUUAGAGAGGAACAAAAUGCAAAUCUUGGAGUAUCUGUAGUAUUGAAUAGGGAACAGGAUACAACUGGCAGUAUGUAGGCUUAAAUAGGGAACAGGAUACAAGUCUGGCAGUAUGUAGGCAUAGAGGGGGCACUGGCCCCUGUUUCUUAAGCAGUUCAGCUCCAAUGCAAUAGUGUUUUUCAUUCACACUUUUUAUUUGGCUGCUCCACCGCUGCGUUAACUUGUUUUUAUCCGUUUUGGUUGUUUUAAGACUUCUUAUGUGAGUGACCACAGGGUCAUUAAUUUAAGUGCUCUGUACUACGUUUCUGACCAGAAUGUUCAUUCCUGCUAAAAAUCCAAACGCACAUCACACAACAUGGGUUGGUUAAUGGAUCAGUUUUCUUUCAUUCAUUCAUUCAUUCAUUCAUUUAUUUAUUUAUUUUAUUGUUUUUAAAAUGUUAUUAUAAAAAAAGGUAAACUAUAAUGUAGCCAUAUUAAAAUGGCUUAAAUAAUUAUAGAAUUUUUCUAAAUGAUUUUAAAAUUAAUUUUGAAUGCAGAGAAGCCUUUGACAUUCGUCAGCUUGACCACGGACACACAGAGCUGUGUGUGUGACAGAGUCGUUUGAGUGUGUCUGUGGCUCUCCGUUUCUGUACCGAAGGGUUUGAAUCAUGCACCACUGUGUAAUGUGCACUAACCAUGGCAUUUCACCACACUGUUGCAUAGCUGCGUGAGGUUUUUCUAUAUUAAAAAAAAAUAAAAAAUCUUUUUUAAAUACACAAUCACACUUUAUAUUUUCUGAACUGUUACAUGCAAUAAACAGAACUAAAGCUUC